GAAGAAUCAGCGCGCAAAGCACUCCUGGGCGAGCCCGAGGAUGAACUACAGUACGACAGUGACGACAACCUCAUUCUGGUGGAAGCAGACACUAAGGAGAUACUGCCACUGCCAGAUAUAGACCACACAGAGAUCACAUACAGACCCUUCAACAGUAACUUCUACAUCGAGCACGCGGACAUCACAGCCCUUUCACACGCAGAGGUUGUUCAACUGCGUAAAACCCUGGGCGUUCGAAUGUCUGGCCACGAAGCAGCCAAACCAGUCACCAGCUUUGGACACUUUGGAUUUGACGAU